GCGUGAUUGUAGCACACAGCUAUGGGGACAUUUGGGACUGCUGUGAUUGACCUGGAUGAUGAUGACGAUGAUGAUGAGGAACAGCAGAAGAAGCGUCGUGAAGUUGAGCGUCUACCGCCACUGCUCGAGGACGAGGAGAACGUUUCUCUAGCAGAUAUACUGUGUUUGAGAGACAGUGGUCUGACUGAGCAGGAGUUGUGGGCGGUGUGUGUGGAGUGUGUGCGUUCACUGCAGAGCAUCGCCCGCGCAGCGCUCUUUCACACCCUCUGCAUAACGCCCGACACGCUGGCCUUCAAUGCUCAUGGCAAUGUGUGCUUUAUGGAACAGCUCAACGAUGAUCCUGAAGGCUGCUUUGUUCCUCCAGAGUUUGAGCAGACUGGAAGUACAUUUAUGGGUCACAUGUUCUCAUUAGGCUCCACCCUCUCAGCGGCACUGGAUUAUGUCACUGAUGUUGAGCUGCAAGUGGAGUUGAGUUCAGAGAGCAGAUGUUUACUGAAGCAGAUGCAGAGCGAGAAACCGGAUGAUCGACCACGAGUGCAGGAUAUUGUCUCUCACGCGGAGGCUGCACUCAACAACAUCUCACCUACAGCUGUCUGCCGAAAACUAUCUGCCAUUGGCCGAAGAGUUCUGUCUAUUGAAUCCGUCGCAACUUUUGAAGAUGGAUGGGAGAAAUCUGAUCCACAGUUUCUGGAAUACAAAACCUCAAGAUCAAACUCUGUGGAGAACCACACCAGCGAUCGUAUCAUGAUGAGAAACUUCUCCUCUGAUUCAUAUGAUGGUGAAGAGUUGCUGUUGAAGCGCAGAGGUCUGGUCUGCAAUGGUUCUUCAUGGUCUGGAGGUUCAGCUAGUCUCAGAGAAGAUGAACCUUUUCCAGACAGCAGGUCUCAGAACAGUUCUCCAGUGCACAGGAGGAACCAGGGGAAGAAGCCUGGGAGGGCGAGGAGAGCCCUGAACCGCUCCUGCUCCGUCCCGGAUUCAAACAACCCCCCGGCGUUCUGUACUCCAGCACACGCGCCCAUCAGCAUGCUGGUGACGGAUCUAUCUGACAUCACAGAGGACGAGGGCGCAGUGUCCGGCUGGAACGGGAGGCUUCAUCGGGUCAAACCGAAGCAGACCACAUGGGACACAACUUUAGAAUCAGGGGAGGAGGAGUCUGUUGAUGUGACGGUCAGCACACCUGAAUCUGUUGUGCAGGAGACUGAUCAGAGCGACAGUAUUGAUGUUCAAACCUCAUCGUUGGUGAAAGACGAGGACACUUGUGCAGACGUUGACCUGUGCGGUUCAAACCAUGUAAACAAAAGUAUUUUAUGUCUCAGUGAGGACUCUCAGAAUGAGUGGAUCUCGUUGCAUGAGCUGCUCUCACGGUGUGCUCGUCCUUUCUCCGUGAAUGAACUCUGGGCUUUAUGCUACACGUGUCUCUCCACACUGCAGACGUACAUCGACUUACCAGAUUACCUGUGUCUGGACUCAGUGUAUGUGGGGUGUGAAGGUGAAGUGCUGUUUCUGAGACCUACAAACACAGCUUCCUGUGAUGUAUUUUUCCUGGCUCCUGAAUUUCAAGAGCACGGAAUUGUGACGGAAAAGGCGUGCGUGUACGGGGUCGCAGCGAUCCUCUGGGCUACAGCCAAGUUUAAUAUGUCUGCAAAUCAAAAACUGGCCAUGCCGAGAAAGCUCAAGAGACUUCUACUAGAGAUGGCCAAACGAACACCGAUUGAAAGACCAUCUAUUGAAAUGGCAAAAAAGUGUUGCCGUGACUACCUCGCCCGUCAGGGUACUAAUGCAGAGACGGUGUGGACACAACUCAUCACCAGAGUUCAGCAGGCAUUCGAUGGAAAUAGAGCUACAGAGGAACCGUCUUCUCCUGAGUGUGCCGAAAGUCCACCUGAUCCACACUUGGGAGAAGAUAAGACAGGUUUUAUCCCGUUGGCCAGUGAGGGCAGGUUUGCCCCUGUAGCUGGUCUGGUUCCUCAUAUUUACCCCGUGUCCUCCGCCAACAUCAACCUGCCUGAGGCCUUCAGCUCUCUUGCGACACACUUCAGCCCCAUAAUACUGACUCAAGAUGAGCUGCUACAUGAAAACACCCCAACUGAUCCUGGAUCUGAGUGGAUUUCAAGUAGACAAACUAUUGAGGACAUCACAGCUGAAACUAUUGUGCAAGAGUCAGAACAACAGGAAGAGAGAGACUUUGGUGAAGAUUUGUCUGUGUUUGGACGCUAUUCUUCAUCAUCCAGUUGCAAGACUCUUGUUAAUUCUUCUCCGCCUCUGAUCACUCCCCAAACAAGCAAAUUUGAACUUGACGCCCAUCUAGAUUUUCCCACCUUGUCACGUGCUAAUGGCAUAUUUAACAACUUCCUGUUACAGCAGGACCCUCAGACAGGCCAUCUCACCCUACUUCCUGUACAGAUCUCAGCGCUUCGACCAAUCACGGAUCUGGAUCUCAUAAAUACAAAACCACUAAACAAGAAACUUAUCAAACUACCAUCGUCUGGAAUAUCAGAUGACAAUAAUAAGUAUCAGAGAGAGGAGUUUGCCUUUGAUGGAUACCUGGAGAAAUGAGUUGAAGAUCUGGCUAUGGGUAACUAUCUUUUAAUACAUCUUCUUCUCCCAUUUGAGACCUUCUGUCGAGUGAUAACAGAAAAGUUCUGCGACCUGUACUGGGAGCAGAAACUGCUGUGUGAUCUACACUGUCUUAUUAACCAACAUAUAUGUCUCAAGUUCCUCCAAUGUAAGUCUAUGGCUCAAACUGGAAAACAUCAUGUGGCUUUGAAUUUUAACAUGAGACCAAUACUUGAAGAGACUCUUGAGUCGUCUCCAUCAAAUGGUCAUCUUGACCACAAUGCAAAGCUCUGCUCCUCUCAGCGUUUAGAUCCACCAACGGCAGAGGAAAACAAACAGUAUGAUUUAAAGACAGAACUAAUCAAAUUUGACUUUUUCAAAAACAGAGAGACAGUAGACAAACUUGAGCUAAAGAGGACUGAGUUUGACACCAAGACUGUGUUUUGGAGAGGAGAGACACAGGAAGUGAGAUUAGAGGAACCCCACGUAUUUCAGCAAAGUCACAGUGCAGUGCAGCUCUUGAAGGGGGCGCUGAUGAGUGAGUGUGUGUGUAUGUGUGUGUGUGUGUGUGUGUGUGUGUGUGGAGCUGAACUCCUGUGGAGCAGCACUGAGCUGGAGGAGACAGGAGGCUGUCAACUCACUCCUGACUGCUCUGAAGCGGACAUGGAUGAUUCUGAAUCCCUGAUGUCUGACCGGACUCUCUAUGUCUGCACCGACCCACAGCGACCCCUGCACGACCCCUGCACGACCCCACCUGGGCCCUGGCUCUGUACGGAGAACUCUGCUUCAGAUCCAGUCACAGUGAAUCACCCACUCUUGAGGACAAAUCACAGGAACACUCACUCUGAUGGAUGUAUUCAGCAAUUCUUCUACAAGUAUCGCUACUUUUGCACCCCUGAAGAACUCAGCACACUGAGAACCAGUGAAGAUCCCUCAUCAGACAGCAGCAAAAACUUCCAGUGGCGUGUGUCAUGUGUGGUGGAGCCACAGACAGCUGCGCUUAAAGAGAAAGCGAUCUCCAUCGCAGCAGCUCUUCAUGAUCACCCUCUUUGUUUUUCCUCUUUUUCUUCUGUGUUGUCAUUCUUUGAUUCAGCUCUAGAGGGAGACACAUUAUCAUUCUCCACAUGCUGUUUUACAAGCAUGUCUGUUCAUCUCUCAUUAUGUUUUAUUAAUGUAGUAAUAUUUCAGGAUUGUCAUCCAGUUCACUUUCUAAACUCUAGAGCUCGUGGAGUGACAGAGAAAUCUGGAAACAUCUCCAGGUGUGUAUCUUUAGAUGCCCCACCACUAGAGGGCAGCAGUCGGCUUGUGAGUGAUGUUCUGGGGCAGGACGGCCUGCUGCAGACACACAUCAGAUAUGCAGACAGUGUCUCCAACUGGGUUUCUGCUGAACUGGUCAUCUGUGACUCAAUCUAGGCACAAAAAGCUUUGCUUGCUCGAUUUCUUGCCAUUGCCAGGUAUUGCUAUGAGACGAGAAAUGUCUCCACAGCCAUGCAGAUUCUGUCUGAACUGGAGUAUGUGAUUGUGAGACAAUUACCUGGAAGAAAAAGACUUCUCUCUGUGAAGGUGUGUGAGGUUCUGGAGGAGCUCAGGGCUGCGCAGGUGUUUCUGAAGAGUGGUGAUCUGUGCCUGAGGGUGCCCACUCUCCCAGCAGCCCACAUAUUGGCCAUGCACGUACAACAGCUGGAGAUCAGAGCAUUCACAAUGACCAGCGGAUCUUACAAAUGGCCCAAACUCAGGAACAUUGCUCGUGUGGUGAGUCAGGUUCAUGCGUUCCAGGAGAAUCUGUAUUCCUACACACCUGACCUUGAGCUGCAGUCGUAUCUGCUUGGGCACAUCGCUCGACUCCGAAAGUGUGACGUCCCUGAUAACGACACCAACCAGACGGCCACUGAUCGCAACACCUGCAGGAUCCACGACACCCUGCGAAGGGUCAAAGCAUCAAGUCCUCAAGUGAGAAAACACAGAUGGAGACUCGGAGGACAAAAAGUGAUGCACUAGACACCGCUGUCAACAUGACCAGAGACGACAGACAUCUGCGUCUGGACACUGCUGUGGUGUGGUGGGAGAGCUGAAGUUCUGGAAUGUUUGUAGUUGCUCUAUAUUAGUUUGAUGAGUAAUAAUGUGAUCUAUGCCACAAGUGGAUAUAUUUUGAGAAAACUGGCAAAGCUUUAAUUGGUGAGAGUAUUUCCACUUUGUCUUGCUCGGUUUAAAACUCUCAUUAUGAGAAUAUGGACAUGGUUAUCAGAAUUACAGUCAUCGCUUGUGCAUAACAUGCUUCUACAAGCAGCCUGAGCCAAUAUCUGUUUGUCAGAUUGCUCUCUUGUAAGGAACAAAUGCUUUUCAUCUUUUGUGUGAUUACAUUUCCUGACAGAUGCACAAUCAAAUAACGUAGUCUGAUUGCAUAUACAGUAAAUGUAUCGAUAAUUACUAUGAAAUUAUUAAUUAUAUUAAUACAUUUUAGGCAAGGUUAAAUAAUAUUAUUCUUUUAAGGAGAAAUAUUAAAAUGCAUUACCAACUCACGAUUAUCCUCCUGAGACCCCGCGUCCACCGGUGUGGACAUUAUGUUUUGGCUUCGCUAUGUACAAUGCAUGAUUAAAUUUCAUUUAAACCAACUGAUCUCAGUUCAGGAGACUCUGGGCUGUCAGUAAAAGGUUAAACGUUCAACGCACGGACAAACAAUAUGCCGUCGAUCACAGAGGAGUUUGUGUUUGGUUGAAACGCAAACAUAACUACAUAUGAUAAGAAACCUAAUUUAUUAUUAAAGUGUUUAAAUUGAAACUUGUUUGAGUCUCAAGAUUAGAGUCUCUAGUUUCAGACAAUAUGCCUUUUUUAUUAUAUUCAAGCGAUUUAUUGCGAAACGGCACGCUGUUUAUCACAAUGACCACAUUCGUGGACUGUAUGCUCAGUUUCAUUUAAAUUAUCACACUGAGAAUGAAUGGAUGCAUCUAAAAGCUAGAAAAGGUUGCUUUCAGGGUCUUUAUAUGGAGUUAGGAUGAAAAUAAGGUGCAUUUCAAACUGUUCUGAGACCAGUGCAGACAGACAGCACACUGGAGGUUAAGUAAUGCACUAAAUAGGGUGCAAGGGAGCAUCCUAUAGCUCUCUAUACAGUUAAGUGCAUUCACUCCUAAAAUCUGAUCAAAAGUUCAGUUUCAGGCUGCAGAUGAUGUUUGGAUCACUCAACAUGUUUGACAGACAUGUGACAAUGAUAAUCAGUACAUAGAUUCAGAAUUUAUAAUGUAUCAUUUUAUUUUAACAUGAUUGACAGUGAUUGGAUGAUGCUGGACAUUACUUUGAAUCAGAAUUAAUUAUGCUAAUUUCUGAUGUAAUGACUUUCUAUAGCUUGAUAUUAUUUACAUUUCACAACUUAGUUCUGCUGUACACAUAUGUGGAUAUACAUUUUUAGGAAAACUGUUUGGUGUAAAAAAAAGAAAAAUACACACACAUAUACAGGUGCAUCUCAAUAAAUUAGAAUG